AUGCAGCCGUCAAUUCCUCUCGAAGCUGAGAUUCAAUUCAACUUAGCAGUGUGCAAGCGAAGUGCUUUGCAUGGUGUUUCUGUUGUUGCUAUCGAUACCAAUAACGAUAAGUUGGUAGGAGUUUCCACUGGGUUUAUCCGCCAAGGAUUUCUUAAUCCAGAAGAAGGCGACACUGCUCUUAUACCAGAGAAGUUCUCCGAUCUGUUUGAUCCAAUGUAUUCGGCAGUCGAUGAGCUAUACGUAGGAAAUCCUUUUCAAGAUUAUCCAGAUUUUCAGUCUAGUCGCAUCAUGCAAAUUAUAAACAUCGGGACUCACCCCGAAUAUCAAGGAAAAGGUAUUGCCAGCAAAUCAGCAGAAAAACAGAUAUGCCUGGCAAGGGAUGCAGGGUGUCGCUACAUCGUCGUGGAGUGUACAGGGCCGUACACACAAAAGUUGUACGCAAAGUUUGGAUUCCACACUGUGAAUGAAAUUAUGUAUGACGAGUACCAUUAUAAGGGGAAGAUCCCAUUCAAAAAUAUCAAGUCUUGUUCGUCCCUCAUAUUGAUGAUAAAACAGAUUUCGGGCUGUGAUAUUGACACACUUACUCCAUGA